UCCCGACAGCCUGCGAUGGCGUCGGGGCAGUGGCAGGCGCUGGCCCAGCAGUUCCAGGUGAUCUGCCCCCCCCGGGGAGGCCCCAGGUGCGGGGUCCCCCGGGGCGCUCCGAGGCCAGGUGUCCUGUGGGCACUGGGUGAGCACGGCCGGGCUACGGGGAUGGGUGCGGGCGCUGCUGGACCAGGGCAUCACCUCAUUCCGCUGCCCCUGCUGCCCGGAUACCUCUUGGCUCUGGCAGGAGCUGUGCAAACUUGGGCUUUUCUCAGAUGAGGACCAGGCCAUGCUGGAGGCCCAAAUCCUGACACAGGAUGGGGCCAGGGGCAGCUACUGCCAGUGCCCGCGCAGCCAGCACCUCGUCCAGCGUCUGGAUCCCGAUACCUUGCGCACCCCCUGCUCCCAGCGGGCCGGGGGGCUGUACUGUUUCUGUUGGGGCUGCCGCAUGGACUGGAAGGACCCCUUGCCCCAGGGAAAAUCCUGCUCCAAUCCCCAGUGCCCCCUACAGGUGGUGCUGUAUGAUGCCCCGGAGAUCCAGGCCCCGGGAUCGUCUGUCCAUGGCUGCCCCUCGCUGCAGGCCUGUCCCCAGUGCCACACCCUGGUGAGACACACUGGGCUAGGCUGCCCCCUGGUGGUGUGCCCGGAGUGCUGCAUGGAGUUCUGCUACCGCUGCCUGAGAGACCAUCUCGGGGACGACACUGAUGAGACGGAGUGGGAGCAUGGCGAGGAUGAAGGCCUGGAUUACGAUAAUUACUGGGAGGCCAGCUGCAGUAUCGCUGGGAGGCAGGAGCUGAAGGGGUCCCCCUAGCCCAAGGGAGACCCCCGGACUCAACCCCUGCCUUGACCCCUGAGAACUCCCCUCCUGCCUCCCAAGGCCAGAUCCUGUCCCAUCACCCUCAGCCCCUCUCCCAGGUUUGGGGACCCCCCAGGGGCCUGACCCCCCCUCCUCGCUCACAGGAUGCCAGGGUCAGUGCACAGGCUCCUGGGCAUCGAGGUGCAGAGAGGAGUAAUACCUCUGCCAGAGAUAGGGGUGCAGGGGCCUGUGACGAAGUGGGGAUUUUCCCUUGUAAUGGUGUAUGUGAGUCUUACUGUUGAGCCUAUGUGAGUUUUACUGUUUUCCAUGAAUACUGUGUGUGCCUCAGUUUCCCUGUGUGCUGCACCAAUACCUCAGUGGUGGGAACAGGGGUGUGUGACUUUGGCUGAGACCUCUGGGUCAGGUGAAACUGCUCCAACUGCCUGCACAUAUGCUUUGACCCAUGCCCUUCUUAACCUGAGACCCAGGAGGGGGAUGCAACCAGGUUACUGCCCAGGAAGCAAGACAAAGAGAAGGAGGAGGAGCAACGAGGGUGUCUGAGCUCGAGUCGCUGGAAGCUGGGCAGUCUGCUUGGGGGACUGGAAGAGGGGGAGUCCAGGCCAUCUGGUUCGGGACUCCCCAAGUUGGACUUGGCUGAAAGUCACUGAUUUCUGUGCUAACAAGUUCUGUUCUAUGCUGUGUUCCUGUUCACUAAUAAACCUUCUGUUUUUA